CUCCUCGACGUGGGCUGCAUCUCCACCACUCUGCCCAAAGCCAUGGCCAAUGUCCUCUGGGACACCAGGGCCCUGCACUACGGGAGCGUCCUGGGCAGCAGAGCUUGUGCCCAGAUGGCAGCAGCUGCCUGGGGCAGUGGCUUUCUCAAUGCUGUCCUGCACACGGCCAGCACAUUUUCCCUACCCCUCUGCCAAGGCAAUGCUGUGGACCAGUUCUUCUGUGAAAUCCCCCACAUCCUCAAGCUCUCCUGCUCAGAUUCCUAUCUCAGAGAAGUUUGGGCAAUUCUGUUUAGCAUAUUUUUAGCAUUUGGUUGCUUUGUUUUCAUUGUGGCGUCCUAUGUUCAGAUCUUCAGGGCAGUGCUGAGGAUGCCCUCAGAGGAGGGCUGGCACAAAGCUUUCUCCACGUGCCUCCCUCACCUGAUUGUCACCUCCCUGAUGAUCAGCACUUCCAUCUUUGCCUACCUGAAGCCCCCCUCCAUUUCCUCCCCAUCCCUUGACCUGGUGGUCACAGUUCUGUACAGUGUGGUUCCUCCAGGAGCAAACCCUCUCAUUUAUAGCUUGAGGAACCAGGAACUAAGGGAUUCCAUCAGGACUCUACUUGAGGACACACAUCGUCAGCAAAUUCACCUAUAA